UGUUCUACCGCUAUCCCCACAAACGUUUUUCCUCUCUCCUCUUUGCAGACACUCUCUUCUCUUCUCAGCCACUCUGUCCCCUUUCUCUCUUCACUCAUCCCUUACCUAGUUCACACUCCAGUGCUACCAAUCUCUUGGCUUGGAUCUAGUCUGUUUGGUUUUAUAUUUCGGGUUUGUUAUUUGUUUCUUUGAUCUGGUUUGCUGGGUUUGUUGUUUGUUUCUUUUAUCUUCAUUUCCAAUCAAGUUUCGCUCUGUCCAAAAACUUGGAGCUUUAUACUCCUCAUCUCUUGUAAUUCUCAUUUCGUCACAUCUUUCAUCUUCGCAAUCUUCUACUUGUCGACUCUAAUGGCUCUCCCAAUCCAUCAAGGAGGCUCCUUUUCUUCUUCCACUCACCGAUCGGACCACGAUGUCUUCUUGAGCUUUAGAGGUGAAGAUACUCGCAAUGGUUUUACUGGCUAUUUAUAUAGUGCUUUGUGUGACAACGGUUUCAAGACCUUCAUUGAUGAUAACCUCCAAAGAGGAGAACAAAUUUCAGAGGAACUUCUCAAAGCUAUUAAAUCGUCAAGGAUUUCAAUUAUUAUAUUCUCUCAAAACUACGCAUUUUCGUCUUGGUGCUUAGAUGAACUUGUCGAGAUUCUAAACUGCAAGCAAAAUGGACAAUUGGUUCUACCUAUUUUUUACAAAGUGAAUCCAUCUGAAGUACGAAAGCAAGAAGGUAAUUUUGAAGCUGCACUAGCUGAACAAGAAAACAAAUUCAAGAAUAACAUAGAGAAGGUGCAAAGGUGGAGGGCAGCUCUAAAUGAAGCGGCUAGUUUAUCUGGAUGGCAUUAUGAGAAUGGCAACCCUGAACAUAAAUUCAUCGAACAUAUUAUGGGACAUAUGUAUACCAAAUUAAGUGGCAAACAGUUAUUUGUUGCUAAAUACCCUGUUGGAGUAAAUUCCCGAGCCAUGGCCAUAGAAUCGCUUUUAGAUAUUAAGGUAAAUGAUGUUCGGAUGGUAGGGAUUCUUGGUCUUGGGGGAAUAGGUAAGACAACUAUUGCAAAAGCUGUUUAUAACGGAAUUGCUGAGCAUUUUGAAGGAAGUUGUUUUCUAGAGAGUGUUAGAGAACAGUCUGGAACAAAUGAUGGCAUAAUCAAACUACAAAAGAAACUCCUUUCUAGUAUCUCAAGGGGCAAACAUUUGGAGGUGGAGAGUGUAGCCCAUGGAACCAAUAUGAUAAGGGAAAGGCUUCAAAGUAAAAGGGUUCUUUUAAUUCUUGAUGAUGUGGAUAAAUCAAAUCAAAUUGAAAAUUUGUUUGGAAAUUUUGAUUGUUUUGUUUCAAGAAGUAGAGUCCUUAUAACAACAAGAGAUGCACACGUCCUAUCUACUCUUGGAAAAGAUUGUACAAUUUAUGAGGUGAAGGAAUUGGACAAACAAGAAGCUCUUGAACUUUUUACUCGAUAUGCCUUUCAAGGAAAUAAACUUGAGGAAGAUUAUUUUGAACUUGCAAACCAAGUCCUCCAAUAUGCCAAAGGCCUGCCAUUAGCUUUAACAAUAAUAGGUUCUGAUUUGUAUGGAAAAACAACAUCUGAAUGGAAAAGUGCAAUAUAGCAAUAUGGAAAAAUUCCUAAAGGAGAUAUUCAUAAUAUACUUAAAGUAAGUUAUGGUGGAUUGGAAGAUACGGAAAAGGAUAUUUUCCUCGAUAUUGCAUGUUUCUUCAAGGGAUGGAACAAGGAUAAUGUUGUAAAUCUAUUAGAUGCUUGCGAUUUAUAUUCAACAGUUGGUAUUCCAAACCUUGUUAAUAAAUGUCUCGUAACUAUUGGUCAUAAUGGCAUAUUGGGGAUGCAUGACUUGGUACAACAAAUGGGUAGGGAAAUUGUUCGGCAAGAAUCACCAAAAAUCCUCAACAAACGUAGCAGGUUAUGGUGUUAUGAGGAUGUUCUUAAAGUACUAUCCGGAAGUAAGGGGUCAGACAAAAUUCAAGGUAUAUUGUGGCAUUCGCCUAAUCCAAUAACAGUGCAAUUACAAGCUAAAGCUUUCAAAAAGGUGGAAAAUCUCAAAUUUCUUAUCGUUCGUAAUGUACUCGUUUCUAAAGAACUUAAAUAUCUUCCCAAUGAGUUAAAGUUACUUGAAUGGGACCAAUAUCCUUUUUCCUUGCCAUCCAAUUUUUGUCCUCAAGGACUUGUUGACCUCAAGAUGUCACAUAGUCGCAUUAGAUUGGAGAGGCUGUUCAAGCAGGGGUUAGCUUUCAAAAAUUUGAAAAGUAUCAAUUUGUGCAUGUGUUCAUCCAUUAGAAUAUUACCUGACUUGUACGCCCCAAACUUAGAGAAAUUGGACAUUAGUAAUUGUCAAAAUUUAAUUGAGGUUAAUGAGGCCAUUGGAUCUCUUGAUAAGCUUAAAUAUUGGAAUCUCAAAGGAUGCGAAAAGCUUCAAAUUCUUCCAAGCAACUUUAGGUUGAAAUCUCUUGAACAUAUUUAUCUACAAAACUGUGUGAGUCUUAAAACAUUACCUGACUUGUGCGCCCCAAACUUAAUAGAAUUGAACAUGUUUGGUUGUGAAAAUUUAAUUGAGGUUCAUGAGGGCUUUGGAUCUCUUGAUAAGCUUGUUAAUUGGGAACUCUAUGGUUGCAAAAAACUUCAAAUUCUUCCCAACACCCUUAGGUUGAAAUCUCUUAAGUCUCUUGGACUAGUUUUGUGUGUAAGCCUUGAAAACUUUCCCAAUAUUCACCCAGAAAUCAAAUGUGAUCGUUAAAAGCUUGAUUAUAGUAAUAUUAAAGAAUGGCCUUUGUCACUGAGGUAUCUUUUUAGUGGGCUUACUGACUUAAGCCUACAUGAUUGUCAAAACCUUGGGGGUUUUUUCGUUAGCAUUUCGAGAUGUAAGUUUACGAACUUGCGGCGAUUGGCAAUUACGAAGUCAAAGUGUGAUGGAAAUCUAAUUGAAUCACAUAUUUUGAUGAAGCCCGAUUUCUUCCCCUCAUUGGGAGGUCUAUUUCUAAAUGAGACUAAUAUUGUUACAAUCCCAAGAAGCAUUAUUAGAUUUACUACAUUACGAUUUCUUUCCAUAAUUAGUUGCAAGAACCUUCGAGAAAUUCCAAGGCUUCCACAGUCUAUAAGAACUGUGAUCGCAGCAAACUGCACGUCGUUGGAUCUACCAUCAUCAUGCAGUUUAUUGAAUCAGUUUCAAGAACUGUUCAUGGAUCCCCCGUCUUCUCAUCGCGAUGUUGGUCAUUUUAUACUACCAAGAAUUGAGAUUCCGAAGUGGUUCAAAUUGAAACAUCAGAGUGUUGGAAAUUCUUCUGUAUCAUUCCGGGUUAGUCGUGAAUUUCCAAAGUUAAUUGUCUAUUUUGCUAUUCGAUCGGUGGAGGUGAGACAGUAUAUAGAAUGUUCUGUUGUUUCCGCCAAUGGUUUUUCAACAGGUGUAACUUUUGGUUCCCUCCCUAUGGAAGGAGAGCAUCUCUGGAUAUAUACCCCUUACAUUUUGAAAUGGAAAUGGGAUGAAUCAAAUCCAUCCGAACAGAAUGACGUUACGAUUACAGUUGAAAUCAAGGAUGACACUUCUUCUUGUAACCCCAUAAUCCCUUCAUCUGAUGACCGCAAAAUUACAUGGUUGGGAGUCCAUGUAGACUGCAUCUGCUGUGGUUGUCGGUCUUCCUCUGUCUCUGAUGACAUCGAUCACCAUUCUUUUCCAUCUGAUGUGGGGCCUCAAAUGGACACCAACUUACUCAUGGUUCACCCAGGUUUGGGAUCUAGUGACGUGUUGGAUGAUCUGGGUCCAUCUUCGAGGGCCUGGAUUUGUGAUAACACUGAGCUACAGCCUUUGCCUGCUGUUUUCUCCACUUCUAAUGGUUCAGAUUUAGAUCAUGGGGUUUUAAACAGUGGAGGGGUUUCAGGGCUUUUGAUCGAACCAAACUCAGGUUUAGCUGGGUCAUAUUUGGGAUUUGAAGGAUAUGAAUCAACGUUUCCUGGUGAAGUGCACAAUUUGGAUUCAUCAUCAAUUGCCAAUCCCUUUGCAAGGAGUGGAUAUCUCGACUCAAAUGCUAGUAUAGAUGGUUGCUCUCCCCUAGUCCUUGAUGACAUUGAGCACCAUUCUUUGCCAUCUGAUGUGCUUCCAGUGGAUACCACAAAUGGGUCCGAAUUAGGCUUGGGUCGGCAAGAUUCGGGAUUUAGUGAUGGGUUUGAUCUGGGUUCCUCUUCAGUGGCCCAUGCCUUUGACAACAAUAAUUCUGACUUCAAUCUGUUUCCACCAUCAAAGAAGGCAAGAACAUCUUGAUCAAACUUCAAAGAAUUAUGCUUCCACCUGAAAGCAACCUCGACGCCAAGUUGCUGUUGCUGUUGCUGUUGAAGUAAUUGGUUUGAAGUGUUUGCAGUAAUUCAAAAACCUCUGAGGUAAGACCAUGAAAAUUUUAUUUUGUGGAUCUCCUAUUUUGGUGAUCCAUAUUUUGGUGAAUAUUCUUGGAUGGGAAGAUCAUAUGAGGUCAAUGAGUUAAAUUCCAACCUUUUCAUAGUAGUUUGGUGGCAUUGAACUUUCUUGUUUUCUUUGAAAAUAUCCUAAACCAAUUUCCCCUUUCAUUCAAUUGCUUAAAAAAUACAUAAUCUUUUUUUCUUUUUUCUUUUUGAUGCCAAGAUUCAGCUUCAAGAGCUAAGAUGGGAGGUAAAGAGUAGACUCCUCUGCUAUGGCAUGUUCUAAUUUUUUUUAUUUGCUAUCACUUAUGAUUUAGUGAUUUAAAUAGUUUUUAUACAAAUUAACUGUUUCAAAUCUUUAUUUGGGUCUUUUUGUCUAGGAAUGUGGAGUAGUCUUUAAAGGACUAGAUCCUAUGUCAAGGUAAUCAAGAGGUACUCUCUACAGUUAAAAAGGGAUGCAGCAAACACAUGGGAAGUGGAUGCUGCAUUUAAACCACCUGAUGUACUUUUCAGUUGUUUUCUUGGAAGUAUAGCACAUGAUCAUCUACUAGAGAUUAUUUAUUGCCAGGUUCUGGAAGCUCAAACAAGUCCGGUGGAAGCUCAAACAAGUCCGGCUGCCCAGGAACAAUGAUAGUGUUGAGAUGGAUGUGAAAAUUAGUCCAAAGAUUAACAAAGGAGUUCCAGAAAUAUUAUGUGGAGGUAAUCCUGAAAGUCUUUAAUUUGGAGCUGCAUUAUGGGGAUUUAUCUUGCAGCAACUAAAGUGAUGAUUGGUGGUACCUAGUGAUUUAAUGGGUAUUUGGAGCAAAAGAUGUUUGGAACACUUGUAGUAUGAGUUUUCAGACAAGAAGGCAUGGAUGGAAAACAGCCUUACAAUUAAACACAAGUGGGAUUGCUGGUUAUGGUGAGCAAGAGAGCCUCAAUGGCAACGACCAUGAUCUUGGAACAUAUUUAUUUAGUGUGACAUAAAGUGAGAAAACACGAGUAUGUACUAGAAGAGAUCAACCUCUUUCCAAGAAAAUAAUAACCAAAAUCAAUUCAGAAAAGCCAAGAAGAGGAACAACCGGUACCAUAGAAUCCAUGCAAAGAUCCAUCAAUUCGGUGCAAAGGAACUUAGGUCGAGAUUGGUCCAAGUUAGAAUUGGGCAAGUGACUCCCUCCAAGGGCUUUAGAGUGUUUUUAAAGUUUAACUCUUAAUAAAACUAUCAAUUUCUUUUUUCUUAUAGAUUGUAAAAACAUCGUUUUCACUCCGACUAAUUUGAGUUUAACUAAUUUGUCCAAUUUUCAUCAUGGAAAAUUUGGGUGUUA